AUGCCUCGUGUGCGCGCGACUGGCGGCGCCUCGGCCAGCUACGCCCCGUCGCCCGUGAAGGGAGUGCUGAUUCCGCUCAACGACGACGACGAGGAGAAGGCCCAGCGCCUGCAGAACCGCAAAGCCUUGCAUUCGCGCCAGAUGUCGUCCCUCAAAGCCGCCGCGACUACGCCCCAGCGCAAGCGGAAGUCGCUGGGGAGAGGCGAAGGAGAUCCCGCGACGCCCGCCGGCGACGACGAUGACCCAUAUGCAGCGCGAGGAGACCAUGUAACGCCGAUGAAGCGGGUGCCCAUUCUGGCCAAUUUCGAGACGUGGAUGAAGAUGGCGACCGACAACAAGAUCAACGCGAACAAUUCGUGGGACUUCGCCCUGAUCGAUUACUUCCACGACAUGAGCCUACUGAAAGAGGGCAACGGCGUGAAUUUCCAGAAGGCGAGUUGCACCCUGGACGGGUGUGUCAAGAUCUACACAAGCCGAGUGGAUAGUGUGGCCACAGAGACCGGAAAGCUGCUGAGCGGAUUGGCAGACAGCGGCAACAAGAAGCGGAAGGGCGGAGAAGUGGAGGAUGGUGCCGAGGAGGACGAGGACGAUGAGAACGAGGAUGGGACGAAGAAAAAGGGCAAGAAGAAGGCGCAACGAUCUGCUGAGGCCACUCUUGCGACUUCAUUGGAUACGCUGAAGCUCAAGAAGAUGGAGUUGGAAUUUUCUGUGGACCCAUUGUUCAAAAAGGCUGCGGCAGACUUUGAUGAGGGUGGUGCGAAAGGCCUUCUCAUGAAUCAUUUGUCAAUCGACAGCACAGGACGGAUUGUGUUUGACAGCAGUGAUGAUGCGCAGGAUGCGGAUACGGACGACACUCGAAGGGAUAGCAUGGAGCCUGAGGGCGACAACGAGGACAAGUCGACGAUCGAAGCACAAAUACAGGAACACGAAGACGGUAUUGUGGACGUUACUGCCUUGGGCGCACGAUUCUUCCCCGAUCUGACUGCACUGGACACGCAAGAUAUUUGCCCAUCGCUCAAAACAUUCGAGCUCGGGGCGGGCGGCGAUGGAUCGCUCGAUCUGCCCUUCCUUAAAGCACCGGAGAACUGGCGAGACGAGCAUCCUGAGACCAGCAGCGAGGACCAAGGCGCGGACUCGAAUGAGCAGAUCGCAGCUUUUGGCGACGACGAUGACGAAGGCCCUAUGGGAUUCGAUAUGCCCGCAGAUGUUGGAUUCGGUGAAGGCGGCGAAGCGUGGGCACGAGACGCUGCACUACAGCCUCAAAUGCGCGUAUAUGACGCUUCAACUGGCCCAGACGCUGGAGAUGAUCCCGCCGCAGAAGUGGGCGUGUUUGAUACGAGCAGCAACACGUACGGAGUGACGCUCCAGCAUCGGCCGCACGAUCAAGAAAAUAUCUUGAAUUACUUCGACAACGCGCUGCAAAAGAAUUGGGCCGGACCUGAGCACUGGAAAAUCGCACGCAUAAAAGAGGCCAAUACGGUCAAGCCUACACGAACGCGCAAGGAGAAAGAGCCGUUCGAGAUCGACUUUGCGGCGCCAAUGUCACAAGACUUGGCGAAUUUGCUGUACACGAGUGCGCCAAACAACAGCAGUAUAUCGUUGCCGAAGAAGGAAUGGAAGAGCAAGGAUCGAAAUCUGCUUCCGGACGACAAACAUUUCAACUCAAAGGACCUCCUCAAACUGUUCUUGAAACCCAAGGCUAAAAUGGGAGCACGAAGAUCCGGUCCUCAAGGAGCUGGAGAGGUAGAUGAGGCGUAUUGGGCGGCGCAUGGGGCGGAAGACGCGCAACGUCCUCAUCCAAUGGACUCGGACGAUGUUGUACAGGGCGACUACGAUGCCAACUUCUUCCAGGACGAUGGACUGCCAAUGGCUGGCGGGCCAAUGGAUGACGACGACGAUGACUUCGCAGAUGCUCGAGAGCACUUUUCUCCUGGCGCAGAUGACGCUGCAGGUCCAAUUGGUGCUGGCAUUGACAGCGUCGCUGGGCCGACCGAGGGAGGCGCCAGCGGAGACGCUUUUGGUGCCAAUCUUGUGGCCCAGUCACGGCGGUCUCGACCUGAAUAUGUACAGUAUGCUCGUGUGGCGAAGAAGGUCGAUGUGAGGCGACUAAAGGAAGAAAUGUGGCGGGGAAUUGGCUUCGAACAAAGGCCAGCGCCGCAAACUCCAGCCGCACGACCAUCCAUUCCAGCUCUUUCCUUUGACGACAAGUCGACGCUGCGGUUCACAGACAUCAUGAACAACCUGCAACAUGUUUAUCCAAAGCAACAAAUGAGCGACAUCAGCACAUCAUAUGGUUUCAUUUGUCUGUUGCAUCUCGCAAACGAAAAGGGGCUGGUAAUUGAGAACGUGGAUGACUGGACCGACUUGACGGUGCGGAAAGACUUCGGCGCCAUCAUUGCGGAGGGCGAUAUAUGA